UUAUCAUCUUGAACAUCUUGAAGGAAAAAGAGUCAAAGGAAAUCAUUGAACAUCUUGCCUGGAGUGAAAUUAGCAGUACAAAUCAAUGACAACAGAAGCAGCAGUCAAUGUGGAUGAUCUGUUUAUGAGACUCAGCGUGCCUGAGCUCAAUGCAUAUGAACGCAGGACAAGACAAGACAUCGAGAAUAAGAAGCAAGAGCUCAGGAUGAUGGUGGGAGAGAGGUAUCGAGACUUAAUUGGCGCAGCAGAUUGUAUAGUAAGAAUGAGAGAGACUGCACUGGAAGUCCAGGGCAACAUUGCACAAAUGCGAAACACCUGCGAUAUCCAUACCCUCAAGCGAUCCGUUGCAGCAAGAACAUCAAAAACGCAAUACAACGCGAUGGACGACAUGAAAAAAUCGCUUUAUGCCUCCGCUGCGCAAAUUAAGCUAUUAGCUGAUGUACCUGAACAGAUCUGGCGUAAUAUAGAAAAUAGUAAUUAUUUAACAGCUAGUCGACUCUACCUUAUCAGCAAGGCUAUCUACGGAAACCUGAGUGCAAGAAUAGAUGAUGAUCAUGAAUCAGUCAAGAUUAUGGAGACAUUCCCCGUAGUGGGCCGACAGUGGGAUGCUGUCAGUCAUUUCAAGGUUCAGAUCCUCCAAAAGAGCCAAUUGCAUCUUAAAUCUGCCGAAGAGACAGACUUGGAUGUUAUCGAAACGAUAUGCGCCAUCAUGCUACUAGAUGAUGUGACAAUCAAGGAUAUGCUUCAACUCUUUCUCAUUCAGCGAGAAGCAGCAAUACGAGAGGCUCUAGAACCAAGGGUUGAGGGACGUGAUAUUGGGGCUCAGAUCGUGAAAGCCAUAAGAGUACUUCAAAAGACACUGUUCCACAUUGAACACGUCUUUUCAGAGUCUGAUCAAACGUUAGCUAAUGAUAAUACGAAGCCGAAAUCAUCAUUGUUGGAAAGACACCUUAAAAAUAUUCAACAAACAUUUUCAUCUGCAUCAUCGUCACCGAACAUAUCAUCAUCCACAACAGUAGGUACUCUCCAUGGGGCUCUGUUGUCUUCACAACAAAAGGACAAGGCUUUAGCGCCAUCAAAGCUUCCACAUUUGACCUCUUCAAGUUCAACAGCAUCCAUAAUCCCAAAAUUAUAUCCAACAACGCCAAACAUCCAUCUACUUGUUCGACAUCUUCCUGAGGCAAUCCAGAAUUUUACACCAUCCAUUAAUCCAGAGGGGCCCAAAGCGGCUUUUACACAGCAAGAAAUGCUUGUAGAGGUUCAGCGGUGGGUGGAGCACAUCAAGGCCGUCCUUAAUAAUGGAUUUGAGGCGCUUCUGCAUCAAGUGCAAAGCAAUACAGCGCUGGUAUCAAUUCGAUCUAAAAUCUGGAAAGCUUUAAGUGUAGAUGAAUUUGCUUUAUUGUCAACAACUAGAAAGAGUCAAUUCAAUGAGGUCUGCAGGACGUUACUUGGUGAGGCAGUUAGCAUAUGGAGCACUGUCCUUCGAUCUGGGUUUGCAAAGGCUUUCCAAAACAAUAUUCUUUUUGCUUUGGAUGAGCUCUCACACCAGCCCGAGAAACUGAUACGCCCACGACUUGGGGAAUUAGAUGAAGAAAGUGAUCCUAAUCAUGACAUUGGGAGGUUUGUCUGGAAUAGUGUGAAUAUUGGAAAGGGCUCUGCACCUUCCAAGGCCACGCAACCAUUGGUCCGAAAAAUCAAUGAAUCUGUGGCAGGAAAAACAGAUCUUAUAGCGCAAGUCAUCCGUGCAUUUGAGGAGACUCUAAUGGCUAUCAGAACAGAUCAAGAACAAGCUCUAGUAUCUCCAAGGAUUGGGUCCAUGAGCGACGAUGUCGCGGAUGAGGAUGAGGCCGAUGAUGACGAUGAAGCCCGGUACGAAAAUUUAGAUCUCUUUGGAGGUAGAGCGGACACAGAAGAACUAAUUGACUGCUACCAACGAUUUUGCAUCGAGUGCAUCAAAUCUUAUACUCGGGGGCUGGAGAAGCUAGUUCAUGAAGCAGUUCAAAAACCAGAAAAGGCCAGGAACACCAUCUCAGCGAUAGAUCGGGCAAUGACCAUUGGGAGAGUCGCAUCAGGAAUCGCAUCCAUGGAUUGGGUUCUACAUAAGGCUUUGAUGCCCCCUCGUAAUGCCUCCGAUUUUGUACGAGCGCGCGCCACUAAAGUCAAUGUAGAGUCACAGGCUCAAAGCUUGAUUGCGGGAUUAAAUAAGGUGUAUUUGAUCUCAUACGAGGCGUGGAUCGAGCACAUGGAAUGGUUAUUAAGAAGGGAUAUCAAGCAUUACUUGGGAGAGUCGUCAUGGACGGACCUUACGACACUUGCAUGGGAGCCUAUCUCUAGCUCAAACUCUACAACUACGUCUGCUUCCUCACGAGGGCCGUCUGUUGUUUCUGUGCCUAAUAAGGACCCAGCAAGUACAGGAAUCGAUGAUACAACGACACUGCUCCCAUUUCAUGGAUCCACACGUCUUAUCUCAUCAUUGCAUCAUGUUGUUCAAGAGAUGCAUCGAGCAGGAACAGGGUUUAUGAAGCCUGAAUUGCUACAGAUCGUGACAGUCAGGCUGGGAAGGCUCAUUUUGCAGGGGUUGAACCAAUUCUUGGACAAUGUUGUUUCUGACCCAGCAAAUACGCAAGCACCAUCGGUUUCACAUGUUAAUGCCCCGCGGACUGAUGUAACUGCAACAACCGUUUUGACUGAGAAAGGCGCAAUGCAAAUGCUUUUUGAUGUCAAGUUCAUCAGUUUAGUUUUUCAGUCAAGUUUAGACAGAGAUAAUGAUCUGCUGCAAUUGACAAGAUCCGUUUUGGAUCGAAUCCGUGGACAUAUUGAUCCGAUUAAUUUGGCAGCGUUCGAAAAGGCUCUAGAAACCAAUGCAGAUCGCCAAUAUGGUCGUGUCGCUGUCUUAUUAGGGCUUCUCGUCCAGUUGAAUCCAAUAGAAAGUAAACGUAGGACAACCUUUGUCGAAAAGUCGCCUCAUGUCUUUGCAAUGGCGCCUUUGUCUGCUCGAUUUACAUUGCUCCCUGUAGGCCAAAAGAUGACAGGUCGAGUCGUGUAAUAUGACCCUUUCAAUAAGCAACAAAACCAAAUAAUAAAAAUAACACUCCAAC